AUGUAUACGUAUAUAUAUAUAUAUAUUUAUACAGUUACGCUUUAUUUUUUUUUUAAUUUGGAUUAUCGUUUUUUUUUUUUUUUUUACCAGCUUGCCGGCGUUGUACACAUAUAUACAUAUAUUUUUCCUCACCGUCUCUCAGCCUUCACUUUCUUUUUUUUUGCCGGGACACUCAGUAGAAGACGGCGUUUUGUGCACACGGAGGGCAUCGGUAAAAGUUAUCUCUGCAACAUGCCACCAAAAGGAUACGUUCGACGCGCUGUCGCUGCUGCUGCGAGGCGGGAUUUUGGCGUCACCACCGCAUUUACCCCGACCGCCGAGGAGGAGGAGGCGAUAGGGUUGCCAGCGCAGUUGCAGCAGCUGCAGAAACGCCGCGAGGCUCUUGAGAGCCAUUUGGAGACAUUAGACUUGCGCGUGUAUGAUCUGGAGACGGUGUACCUGCGGCAAUACGUGGAGCUGGGCGGCUGUCUCUUCGACGGCUUUGGGUUGGAGCGGCAGCAGCAGUGGGGUGGCGUCACCGCGGCGGCAGCGGCGGGCAGUCAGGCGGCCGCCUACCGUGCGCGGCUGCACUCCUUUUCGCCGAGUGAUCGUGUGUUCACGGCAUCCUCGGUGGGGGCGCUGGGUACGGUGGAGCGCCUCAAGACAAUGGAGGCGACAGGCGAGGGGAAGAGGGGCGGAAGACGCAAACGCUCACGCACUGACAUUUGA